UCCCUCGGGCCGCCGCGGUGAGUCACGGCGGAGGAGGAGGAGGCUCGGCUCGGCUCCGCUCGGCUCCGCUCCCCUCGCCCGCCCGUGCCCAGCGCCCGCCGCCCGAGCCGCCUGAGCCGCCUCAGCGCCGGGGCCGCCCGGCCCCGCACCAGGGCAGUUUCCUCAUACAUUUUUCCCAGCCCCAGUCACUAAUCAGGACUGAACACGUGGGUUAUCUUCAUCUGCUGUGGUUUUUAGAAGCAGGAAAUCCAGGAGCUGGCAGGAGGGGAAUGAACCGUGAGGGCGUCCCCGGAAAGAGUCCGGAGGAGAUGUACAUUCAGCAGAAAGUCAGAGUUCUACUCAUGCUGAGGAAGAUGGGAUCAAAUCUGACGGCCAGCGAGGAGGAGUUCCUGCGCACGUACGCAGGGGUGGUGAACAGCCAGCUCAGCCAGCUUCCCCAGCACUCCAUUGACCAGGGUGCUGAGGAUGUGGUGAUGGCAUUUUCCAGAUCAGAGACAGAAGACAGAAGACAGUAACCCCAGGCCACCUGAGCAACACAGAACUGCAGAGGACACUGAGACCCCUGAAGAUGGAGGAGGAUGGCUGAGCGUUAAUGAGUUCCUUUGCCCACCCUGAUUGUCCCUUGGUGUUCCUUCUCCUUUGUGAUGUUGUUCCCCUUGGCCCAACCCUCAGAAUGCAUCUCCCAGCCAUCCCUCCCUGUCAGGUUUUGCCACCCAGCCGGGCUGUGUUAAUUAAGGACAGCCCCCAAGGGGUGAGCUUGGUUGGCUCAGAGGGACAGGGCAGUGGUUGGGGCGAAAGGAAGGCAAUUUCUCCAACUUGACCAAUGGGAAACCUUUUAUCUCACACUUUAUUUUGUAUCUCAAAGAAAAGUCCCUCGACAUUCUACUUCUAAAAGAAGCUUUUCAUGCUGUGGUGCUUAUUUAGGUCAGACUUGUGAAUUUGAAGAGGGGUUUGAUUUGGCUGCGUAGGACUGGAAGCGACUUGUGAUUGGGUGACAAUGCAAAUGCUUUCCCUUCAGUUGGCUUGCAGGUAUUUUGCUGACUCCCAACGUUUUCCUUGCAGGAAGCUGAUGAUUUUGGUGCAUUGGUUAUUUCUUUGUACUCACUGACUUGGGGAGGGGAGGGGAGGGGAAGGAGACAAAUGUGCUUUGCAGUAUUUAUUACAUCUACACAUAUAAACGCUUGCUUUUUUUUGGGUGGGUUGUUUUGUUUUUUGUUUGAUUGGUUUUUUUUCCCUGAUUGGCUUUGAAGUCAUGGGUUUGAUUUCCUCUUGGCUGCAGUGUUUCUGAUGCAAUCAGUUUUUCCACGCUCAGCUGCUCUGUGGCCUCGAGCUGUUUUUGGGAGCGUCUGUGGAAAAGCAUCUUGGGUUCAGUAAAAUCCACCUGUUCAGGCUGGAAGGUGGGAGAUUCCCAGCCCUGCUUUGGGAGGGGUUGCUGUGCCACGAGCUCCUGGCACACCUGGCUGCUCAGGUGGCUUCUCCCUUUGCUUCUGACACAGGAGCUGUAGAUGUUUUGCAGGAAUUGCAAGGAUCAGAUCUAUGGCUGUGACGUGAAUUUGCCAAAUUUGUAUAGAGAAUAUGUGAGCUUGUUUAAAAUAGUACAGAGAGUUCCACUUUAACCCUUUAAUUGCUGCACAGGACUAGCUCUCACGUUAGGAAAAAUUAAUGAUCAUUGACUUAAACCCAGCUUGCACUGGGGUUUACUAAACUUAAGUGUCUGGUCACGUGGAAAAUUGUACAUGCUUUGCCUCCUUGCAGCUGUUUGGUGACAGGGAGAUGAUGUGGAUCCCAAGAGAAUACUAUUUUCCUUAGGCACUGUUCCAAGAGGCAGGAGCUGCACUAAGCUGUCCAACACUGAGUGUACAGGUGACACUCUCAGGUUUACUCUCCUUGUAGCUGCAGGGCCUUAAAACACACACACAAACACACAUUUACAGACUGAAAAACCUGCAGUGGAAUUCCUGAAGUGCACUGACUGUCCAGGAAUCUGCACAUGGUCUUUUAGCACUGCUGCCUCCAACCAAGCACUUCAUUCUCUCUCGUGUGUGCAGGUGGUUUUUACAAAACUUCUGGAUUUUUGCUGUGGGUUGCACUGACUUUGAGAUGUUUCAGAAUCUAUUAAAGCUGAACUCCAUUCACCUGUC